GCGCCAUGCAUGGAGAAAGAGGCUUGAACAUAUCCUCUUGAUGGAGUUCUUGUCUUGUAGCUCCCUGAGGCACCACCCAGGUUGGACUUUAUUUCACUUACUUCACCAGCCUUGCCCACCCGCUAGGCCCCUGCUGCAUCCACUGGGACCACUUCCUUCCUGUCCCCAGUCCACAGCUGUUGUAGCAAAGGAUGUUAAUGGCCCAGGCUCCCCGGGGCCACUACCCCCCUGUAUAUGGUAGUGGUGGGAGGUGGCCUGGGCUGGAGGAUGGGGGAAUGUGUGUGUUCAACCUGGACAGGAAGGGAAAUGCUGAGUCCCGGGAUCCCCUCCCUUUCCACCCCCAGCUGUCUGUUUCCUCCCUCAUUCCCCGCUAGCCUCCCCUGGUUUCCUGAUCUCUUUUGCCUGCCCAUGUCCGGUUUGGAUUGAUCCAGACCUCCUCUUAUCUCCUUCCUUUCCUCCGUACUCCUCCAUCUUUCCCUUCCACCUCCACUUUCCUCCUCUCCAGAUUACUAGUUGCUGCCCUACACUGGGCAGGGGAAGGGUGUCGCUAGCUUUACCCUAGCAGGAGUUCUAGGUUGGGGCGGUGGUUGGGGGAGCUCAGCCCCUCUGAGCCUGUGAGUCAGCACUGUCCUUGGGAUUGGUCUCUCUCCUUAGUUCCCCGCCUCUGGGGAGGAGCCAGGCAGCUCCGGGUCCAGCCUAUUCUCGUCUUAGCCAGAGAAGAGGCUCCACGCUGGUGGGGAUGGGCCCCGAAACUGUCUGGGUCUGACCUGGGGGAAUGGAAAUCACUUAUCCUUCUCCUGCCCCAGGACCCCUGUGACUCCUGGGCCAUAGAGGUUCAGCCAGGCUAAGGGCCUGGGGAUGCCCCCUGCCUGGCCCCCUUGCCCGAACUGGCAGGGGGGCCGGGCUGGGCAGCAACCCCCCUCUAACUCCAGCCAUGGAUCUCCUGCCCCCCAAGCCCAAGUACAACCCACUUCGGAAUGAGUCUCUGUCAUCGCUGGAGGAGGGGGCUUCAGGGUCCACCCCCCCGGAGGAGCUACCUUCCCCAUCAGCUUCGUCUCUGGGGCCCAUCCUGCCUCCUCUGCCUGGGGACGACAGUCCCACUACCCUGUGCUCCUUCUUUCCCCGGAUGAGCAACCUGAAGCUGGCCAACCCGGCUGGGGGACGCCUGGGGCCUAAGGGGGAGACUGGAAGGGCAGCUGAGGAUGGGGAGGGGAUCACAGGGGCAGCCAUGCCAGACUCAGGCCCCCUGCCCCUCCUCCAGGACAUGAACAAGCUGAGUGGAGGCGGCGGGCGCAGGACUCGGGUGGAAGGGGGCCAGCUGGGGGGCGAGGAGUGGACCCGCCACGGGAGCUUUGUCAAUAAGCCCACGAGGGGCUGGCUGCAUCCCAACGACAAAGUCAUGGGACCCGGGGUUUCCUACUUGGUUCGGUACAUGGGCUGUGUGGAGGUCCUGCAGUCGAUGCGUGCCCUUGACUUCAAUACCCGGACUCAGGUCACCAGGGAGGCCAUCAGUCUGGUAUGUGAGGCUGUGCCGGGUGCUAAGGGGGCAACAAGGAGGAGAAAGCCCUGCAGCCGCCCACUCAGCUCUAUCCUGGGGAGGAGUAACCUGAAAUUUGCUGGAAUGCCAAUCACUCUCACCGUCUCCACCAGCAGCCUCAAUCUCAUGGCCGCAGACUGCAAACAGAUCAUUGCCAACCACCACAUGCAGUCUAUCUCAUUUGCGUCCGGCGGGGAUCCGGACACAGCCGAGUAUGUCGCCUAUGUUGCCAAAGACCCUGUGAAUCAGAGAGCCUGCCACAUACUGGAGUGUCCAGAAGGGCUUGCCCAGGAUGUCAUCAGCACUAUUGGCCAGGCCUUCGAGUUGCGCUUCAAACAAUACCUCAGGAACCCACCCAAGCUGGUUACCCCUCAUGACAGGAUGGCUGGUUUUGAUGGCUCCGCUUGGGAUGAGGAGGAGGAAGAGCCACCUGACCAUCAGUACUAUAAUGACUUUCCGGGGAAGGAGCCCCCUCUAGGGGGGGUGGUAGACAUGAGGCUUCGGGAAGGAGCCCCUUCAGGAGUUGCUCGCCCCACUCCACCCAGUGUCCAGACCUCUAGCCACCUGGGAGCUACACUGCCUGUCGGACAGUCUGCUGGGGGAGACCCAGAAGUCCGUAAACAGAUACCACUUCCACCCCCCUGCCCAGCAGGUAGAGAGCUCUUCGAUGAUCCCUCCUAUGUCAAUGUCCAGAACCUAGACAAGGCCCGGCAAGCAGGGGGUGGGGCUGGGCCCCCCAAUCCUGCUGUCAAUGGCAGUGUACCCCGGGACCUCUUUGAUAUGAAACCCUUUGAAGAUGCCCUUCGGGUACCUCCCCAACCCCAGUCCAUGUCCAUGGCUGAACAGCUCCGAGGGGAGCCCUGGUUCCAUGGGAAGCUGAAUCGGCGGGAGGCAGAGGCGCUGCUUCAGCUCAACGGGGACUUCCUGGUGCGAGAGAGCACGACCACACCUGGCCAGUACGUGCUCACUGGCCUGCAGAGUGGGCAGCCCAAGCACCUGCUUCUGGUGGAUCCUGAGGGUGUGGUUCGGACAAAGGAUCACCGCUUUGAGAGUGUCAGUCAUCUCAUCAGCUACCACAUGGACAAUCAUUUGCCCAUCAUCUCUGCGGGCAGCGAACUGUGUCUACAGCAACCUGUGGAGCGGAAACUGUGAUCCUUCCCAGCCUCUCUUCCAGAAGAUGCUCUCCAACCCCCUCCACCUUCCUUCCUAACUCUCAGGAACUCACUUGGGAGUGUUCUGUGGGGCUUGGCCUUGGGUAGGAGCUGGGUGUAGUGUGGACUCUGGGUUUAGUAUCCAGCUGAGGGAGGAUUUGUCAGGAGCCUGGGGUAGAGCCCUGCUUCUCCCCAAACCUCACCAAAGUAUUAAUGUACAGAGUAGCCUCCUUGCCUGGGCCUUUCCUGUGCCAAUCUGAUGUUCCCUUCCUCAAGAAGGCAGGUGCUUGUAAUGGCAUACGCCCUGUGGUGAUAAGCCCAGCGAAGCUAUCAACCUUCUGGGGAAGCGGAAACAAAUCACACCUCUGGUCCACCCUGGGCUUCAGGGUACCCCUGACCCCUCUCAGUCCCCCUCUGCCCUAGUGUUUAAACUUUGUGCCUUUGACCAUCUCCUAGGUCUGAAGAUAUUUUAUGCAAAGAGGCCCCUGAAUUCAAGGACAGGGGUGUUGACACCUUUUUGGCUUUUGGAACCCUGCCCUCUUCUUGUUCAGCAUCCCUCCAGUUUGGGAUGGGAGAACAGAGGCAGGCCUGGUAGCUGUAUCCCCUCUCCCUGGGGAUACAAAACCCUUAGAGAUUGCUCCAUAGCCCCCCUACCGGCCAGGGGGUAGUUGGACCCCUCCCCUGCUCAGUGCCUCCUGGCCGGGGCCCCUCCCCACAAGGGGUCUGUAUAUACAUUUCGUAAGCUCCACCUUUUCUCUUUUGCAUGCAUGUUUACUCUACAGCCAAAGUAGCCCUUCGUCCUGUAGCUCCACCCUGCCUCCCCAUCUGUGGCAGUGCGGGUGGCUGAAUUUGGGCCUCCUGUACAUACAGUAAACUGACCCGGGUGGGUUUUGUGGAGGCGGGAACAGGGGUAUUAAGACUCUAAGGCACUGGACAAUCCCUAAAUACUAUCUCUAGAUUUGGAACUGCAUUCAGUUUUUUACUUUAUAUGCAUAUACUUUAGGGCUGUAGAUUUAUUUUCCUAAUCUUGUUUUCCAUGGCUUUUGAGCACAAAAUGAUGAUAAUCGAUUACAUUUAUAUAUCACCUCUUUGACUUUUCCAAGUCCUUUUACAAUUGGCAUUUUUCUCAGAGGUAACUAGGACUGGCAGCAUUUUUUUUUUUAAUGUAAGACCUGCAGCAGAAACUGAUUUAGUCUUGGGACUGAGUUUGGGUCCCUUACCGUGAGGCUGGGAAGUGUGGCUGAGUAUUGAUUGGUACAAUGUCACGAAGUGGUAGCUUAAAACCUCCAGGUGUGGAGCACCUUCUAGGCGCGACCCUGGUGAGACGACGGAAACCGGCCCUGCGGGCUCUCCAGGCCGUGGGGAUCCGGGAGGAUCACUGUUAAAUUCUGGCCGCCGCCUCUUUUUGUUUGGAUGUUUCCACGGGUCUCAGUUAUACCAAAGGGAAAGUCUCCAUUAAAGUCCGUAUUUCUUUUA